GCACGCUAACAAGGUUGAAUGCUAGAAGCCAUCUGUAAUAGCAAUAGUACGCCUUACAACUUUCUUGGUACUCUGCAGACAGGGCACAAGGGACAUAAAAUCCGGAAAAGUUAACCAAGGGGAAUCAUCAACUGCUCCUGAUGGGGAAAUCAUUUCUGCUCUCACCCACUUUGACACCCUCCAAAUUUUGUCAAAAACAUACAUCAAUUCUACCCCGUAAUUAUCCUAAAGUUUCAUACUUUAGGAGUUCCAAUGCAAAUUUGGACUCCUUCAGGGGUUGCAGAGAUGGGUUUUGUAGCAUACCAUCUUUUAAAGCAAUGCCCACAAGAAGAUUAUGCAGCAAGGCCUCUGUAUUUUCUGAAGUUUCAAAUCAAAAGCAGUUCUUUAAAGUUGGUGCUGAGUCAACUGGGCCAAUUCCUUCCAAACAGCUUCUCCAAGUUGUUCAAACUGCUGCUGAGACUGGUGCUAAGGUUGUAAUGGAUACUGUGAACAAGCCUCGAACUAUUGCCUACAAAAUAGGACUCAGCGAUCUGGUGACUGACACAGAUAAAAUGAGUGAGGCUGCUAUUCUAGAUGUUGUCAGGAAUAACUUCCAAGAUCACCUAAUUCUUGGUGAGGAGGGAGGGCUCAUAGGAGAUUCUUCCUCUGAUUACCUUUGGUGUAUCGAUCCUUUAGAUGGGACCACAAACUUUGCACAUGGUUAUCCUAGCUUUUCUGUGUCUGUUGCAGUAUUGUUUAGAGGCAAGCCAGCUGCCGCCACUGUGGUAGAGUUUGUUGGCGGCCCCAUGUGCUGGAAUACUCGCACCUUUUCUGCAGCUUCUGGUGAAGGUGCCUUUGCCAAUGGUGAAAAGAUUCAUGUCAGUCAAACUGAUAAGGUGGAAAAAUCGCUUCUGGUGACUGGAUUUGGAUAUGAACAUGAUGAUGCAUGGGCUACCAACAUUGAUUUAUUCAAGGAAUUUACUGAUGUUAGCAGGGGUGUUAGAAGGCUUGGAGCUGCUUCCGUGGACAUGUGCCAUGUUGCUUUUGGGAUUGCUGAAGCCUAUUGGGAAUAUCGUCUAAAACCCUGGGACAUGGCAGCUGGUGUAUUGAUUGUUGAAGAGGCUGGAGGAGCAGUUUCUUGCAUGGAUGGUGGGAAGUUUUCAGUAUUUGAUAGAUCAGUCUUGGUAUCCAAUGGUGUAUUGCAUGCAAAGCUGCUGGAGAGAAUUGGUCCUGCAACUGAGAGAUUAAAGAACAAAGGAAUUGAUUUCUCUUUGUGGUACAAGCCAGAAAAUUACCGUACAGAUAUUUGACAUACCUACAUAGUUCUUUUUGUGCCUGUGAUACGAGACCUGCUGUUAGGUUUUGGUGGCUAUGACUUCAUUGAAUUCUAAUCUUUAUUGAGAUUCUAUAUCUUUCUAUACAAGCGUAUACUACUGAAUGCUUGCGACUGAUGUAAAAUCAACAGUAAUUGAAGUUCGUCAUUUUCUUUUUGGCUGAAAUUGCAAGUGAGUAGUUGUUUCA